GGCUCUUUCCGGGACCCAAGUUCCAGCACAAGAAGGUCUGCUCGGCGGCCGGCCUUGGGGCCCCGCCCACUUUGGCCAGGGUCGGAGCCGCCGGCAGCGGGAGCCGGAGCCCGAGCGGCCGCGGCCCCUUUAAGGAGCCGCUCUGCGGUAACCCGAGCCCGCAGUCCGGGCGGGCGCGACGGCCGCGGCGGUAGCUGGAGCCUCCGCGACUGCACCUCCAAGCGGCCCGGAACCCGCGGCUUCCCUGGCUCCCGCGAGCAUCUCACCGGGCGGCACUGGCCAGCUCCAGCCCUCGGGCCGGCCCGGAUGACCAGACGCCUGUAGACACCCGCCGCCCUCUCCCGGCUCGGCGCAGCCGCCGCCUGCGCGCGACUCGCCCCGGGACCCGGCACAGGUUGAAGAAAUAUGGAGAUCAACACAAAACUGUUCAUCAGUGUUAUCUGUACCAGCUUUUUCACCUUUCAGCUUCUUUUCUACUUUGUAAGUUACUGGUUUUCAGCAAAAGUUUCUCCAGGUUUCAAUAGUCUCAGCUUCAAAAAGAAGAUUGAAUGGAACUCAAGGGUAGUAUCCACAUGCCAUUCUUUGGUGGUUGGUAUUUUUGGCCUGUACAUUUUCUUAUUCGAUGAGGCUACUAAAGCUGAUCCACUUUGGGGUGGUCCAUCACUUGCAAAUGUGAAUAUUGCUAUUGCCUCAGGCUACCUCAUUUCUGAUUUGUCCAUUAUAAUUUUGUAUUGGAAAGUGAUUGGUGACAAAUUUUUUAUAAUGCAUCAUUGUGCGUCCCUGUAUGCAUACUACCUUGUACUGAAAAAUGGAGUGCUGGCAUACAUUGGGAAUUUUCGCCUACUUGCAGAGCUUUCCAGCCCAUUUGUGAAUCAGCGGUGGUUCUUUGAAGCUCUGAAGUAUCCCAAGUUUUCUAAAGCUAUCGUUAUCAAUGGAAUACUCAUGACAGUAGUAUUCUUCAUCGUGCGGAUUGCGUCAAUGCUUCCUCAUUAUGGCUUCAUGUAUUCCGUGUAUGGAACAGAACCCUACAUAAGGCUUGGAGUUUUAAUCCAGUUAUCCUGGGUCAUUAGUUGUGUUGUUUUGGAUGUGAUGAAUGUCAUGUGGAUGAUCAAAAUUUCAAAAGGUUGCAUCAAAGUCAUCUCUCACAUCAGACAAGAGAAAGCCAAAAAUAGUCUUCAGAAUGGAAAACUUGAUUAAAGGAGUGCUACUGAUAAGCAAACUUCAUUACUACUCAGCAUUAUAUCUGCUGAUAGGAUGAAUUCUUGGCAUGUUCUUGUGUAUCUUUAUUAAUUAUAAUUGUUAUCCAGGAUUUCAGUGUCAUUUUUUUUAACCUUAGAAAAGAGAAGGCCGGGCGCGGUGGCUCAUGCCUGUAAUUCCAGCACUUUGGGAGGCCAAGGUGGGUGGAUCACUGAGGCCAGGAGUUCGAGACUAGCUUGGCCAACAUGGUGAAACCCCCAUCUCUACUGAAAAUACAAAAAAAUUAGCUGGGUGUGGUGGUUGGUGCCUGUAAUCCCAGCUACUCGGGAGGUUGAGGCAGGAGAAUCGCUUGAACCCAAGAGAUGGAGGUUGCAGUGAGCUGAUAUUGUGCCACUACACUCCAGCCUGGGCGACAGAGCAAGACUCCAUCUCAAAAAACAAACAAACAAACAAAAAAAAAAAAAGAAAAGAGAAACUAAAAUUAAAAUUUAGUUUUCAUCCCAAGAUGUCUUUUCUGCCUUUCUUUUGCCUUAUUUAUAAGCAUGGAUAAAAAUCUUAAAGGUUUAAAUAAAAAUGAUCAAUAUAAUGGUGAAUCUUUUGAGAAAUCUCUUAACUGCAUUGGUAUUUUUUCUCUGUGAAAGAUGACUAUGAUAAUCUGGUACAAAUGGUUUUAUGUCACCAAUUUUGCUGAAAGAAUGGGAACUGCUUUUAAAUCUGUAAAUAGCUCUUAACAUUUGUUGUAUGCACUCUUUUCUUACUAUGGCUGUCAACACUUGUGUAGGGUUUAAUUUCUAAAUUGUUGGCAUGUUCUUUUUCUCAGGCUAUUCAGAAGUAACAUUUUUCAUUUCAGACAUGCGAUCACCUAUUAAUGAUGAAAUAUUUUACCACUUUGGGAAUAUUUAAUUAGUUCAGUCAUGGAGAAUACUUCCCACAUUUUAAGAUUUUUCAAAUAUCACUGUCUUAUUUCUAUUUUAGCAUUUUAUCAAAUUACUGCUUUUUUAUUUUAUAGUAAGGCUUAAGACAGAUUAUAGACCUCCUUAAGAGAUGAAUUUCUUCUUCUAAAAAUGCAUGUUGAUAGAGGACUAUUUAGGCUAAUCAGAGGAAUCAUUAAGAAAAAAAGUUUUAACACUAUUUAUCCCUAUCUGCUUUCCUUGCACUUUUUCUGUGAAAAAUAUUUUCUGUUUGCAAAAUCUUCCCUGAGUUCUGAACCCAGCACCAUCAGUACCAAAGUCUUGGUGCAGCAUGUAUUUAUUAUGCUCCUGAAAUAGGCCUCUUCUUGAUGAGACCCAAACUAUUACAAAAAUAUCAGUAUUCAUAUUUUACUCACAAUUCAUACUCGUGCUUACUUAGUCAGCAUUUUAGUGCUUUGAAUUUCUGUCUAUCUUAAAGCACAGAAAAAAAAGGUAAUUUAAUCCAAGUAUUCUAUCAUCAAAAUUAUUGUCUGAUUACAUGAAGAUAAAUGACUGGCGAUUCUGGUUGUGUGUGUAUGUGUUUUGCUUUUACUUUAAUUCUUGCAAUCCAAAUAUAGAAUUAUACAUUUAUCUAUUAUUGCCUUUAUUUAUUCUUUAAGCACUUGAGUUUAAUGAUUAUUCUUACCUGAGAAAGGAAGAAAUUUAAUUCUACCAGUGAUGAAUACUUGAAAUUAAUUGAACUCAUACCAAAAGAUGUAAUCCAGUUUCUCAGUUUGAAGGAGAAUGUUUGACUCACUUUCAUUGUUCAUGCUAGCUGAAUAUAAGCAAGACUUUUGAUUUGAUUUGCUUUUAUUAUUCAAGGCAGAUAGAGCCUGAUAAGUUUUAGAACAUUUAAAGAAGAUUGAAAUCUCAGUCAGUAACUAAAUGAUAAAAUGAGAUUGAUUGGCUUAUACUAGGUGCAUUUAUUUUUGAAAGAAUUAAUGUAAAAUAAUAGUUAUUUUUAAAGCAGCUAAUAUUACACUGAUAAUUUGUUGCUAAAUUUAGUGCUGUCCACAUCAUAGGUGCUUAAAUAUGUACUGGUUAACUAGAGGGGGGUAGGAAAGCAAGCGAUUUUAUCUUAUUCUUACCUUUUUGCAGGAAAAGUGGCUUUAAAAAAUUUAUAUAAUAAAACUAUUUUGGAAAUUCAUUCUUUUAGAAAGAGACCUUGAGAUAAAUAUUUUUUGACUCUGGAUAUUUCUACAGUUCUGAACACAGAUUUUAAACCCACUAUCAAAAUGAAAACAAUAUAAAGCUAUAGUAUUAGUGAGUCUCCAUGUAGCAGUUUGUUUUUAUAGUUACUGUUUCAUGCUUAAAACUUCAUUCUUACUUUCAUUAAUGUUACCCUUCACUGGUACAGCCACUCACUAAAUAAGUAUAUUUAAAACAUCAAAAUUUUGAACUAAAGUUUGUGAUUCCCUUAUUCAGCAAUCCUUAUCUUAUGCUGGCUGCAUGAGUUAAUUCAACAUCCAGAUUAAACAUCCUAAAGUAGGUUCUAUAUAUUUCCUCAUACAACAGACAUGGAAUGGAAAUGCCACUAGAAACUGCCCUGCUACUUUAAGUCUGACCUUUGCAGGAGGUACACUUUGCUGUUCUGUGAUUGUAUUCACCUACCUAAAAUACAAAUGAAGACAGAACAUAUCAUUUACUGCACGAUGAAUUUUUCAUUUAUUAAAUGAAAAACGUUUGCUAGACAUUUUAAAUAUUAAGUAUUUUGACUACAUGGAUUAAUUUAAAUGAUUCUGUCAGGCAUUCUGAUAUUUAACAACUCUAUUAAAAUAUUUAUAGAAAAAUAAAAGCAAAUUGAUAUAAAUUUUUGAGCAAUUCUAUUUUUGUAGAAAAAAAUGACAACCUGUAAUUAUAAAGAUGUUUUUUGAAUGUGUAGUAUCCUAGAAAGUAAAAGUUCUUGUGAAACUUCAAAAUGAAUGAAAAUCAACUAAUAGCAUGCAAGAUCAUAGAUCCUGCAUUAAAUUUUUAUUUGUGAAAAUUUGAAAAUUAUGAGCUUUAACUUAUAAAGUUUGCCUUCUUGUGUCUAAAGUCUUUUAAAGGAUUAUUUGCAUUUAUGUAAAACUCGAAAUGAAGUUAUAUAUGAGUGCAAAGAAAUUAACUUCUGCUCAAAUAUGUGUUGAUACCCUACAGUAAGUUGAAUUAAAUUUUUAUCCCAACUGUUUGAUUUUGUUAUUUCAUGGACUAGCCUUAUGUUAAAUGAAAUAAUAUUUAUGUUGUUACCACCCCUAAGAGUGACUCUGAUAUAUUAUGGAUGACCCAGGACUGUCUUAAAGGUCUAGUUUUAAAAACUGCCUAGUUUGUAAGUAUUUGAAUCCAGUUCUUUUCUAAAUUUUAAUAAUUUGACUCAAAAUUUUUGCUACAGGGUCAACUUUUAAAUUGUAUAUUUCCUCUGAGGCACACUGGGCAUUUGGAGAAUGGUUCUUCGCUGGUGUAGAGAGCCAGGUUUACUGUUGGUUGCACCAUCUGUUAUCAGGCAUGCAGAAACAUUUUUCUUCUAGAGAAACAGGGGAAAGUGUUGUUACAGUGUACAUGUUUCCUCUGUGUCGUUUUUAAGGGAAAUAAACAUGUUCCAAAAGAUGCUGUUAAAAUAAAUAUUUGAACACAUUUUCUGUUUCUAGGUUGCUCUUAAUUCCAAACAUUUAAAUAAAUGUGCAUUUGAAUGGCUUUAAGUGGUUUAGUCUAUUAGCUGAAAUGGAAAAGUUCAUGUAUUGACAUCAUCAGUAAUACUUCAUAAAGGUUUAUGUAUUUUUAUGUGUUUGGAUUCCAUAAGAAGUUGAACUUAGAUAAUUUUAUCAAGAGUAGCACAGUGUUUCUCAGGUGCGAGCCGGCAUACAGCAAGACCCUUCAUGUGUCUCUGGAUGCACAUAUAUCUUCCCAACCUUAAACACAGCUCAUUGAAAUACAUUAAAGCUACUGAAAGUGAGUUCUGAUGCAAAACACAUGUGAGGUGUGUAGGAACAAUGAAAAGCUAGAGGAUCUGGAGUUAGAGGAAGCAUUGAGAGUGCUUUUCCCUUAAACGCCAUGAUAGUCCUCCCUUGAUCUAGAAGUAUUCUCUGUGAAUCCUUCCAUCUCUUCUUCCUGGUACCCCAGAUGACUUCAUCAGCAUCUCCCUCUUUUAUGCUAACACCUUUCGCUGUCAACUUUUGAGACCUCCCCAUGUAUCUAUAAGCUUCCCAGUCUCUAUGGCAAAUUUAAAAGUUUACAAAUAGGUUAUCUCAUUGAAAAAAAAGCAUUGUAGUAAAGUUUAAAGUGGAGCUCAGACAAAUCAUGACUUAUUAAGAGACUACAGGAAGCCAUUCAGCAUUUAGUAAUACCUGUUUACAACAUGAGGCAAAGCUAAUAAUGUUAUGGUUUUAUUAAGAGACAUCUGUCAUCUCUGUUCUUCUUAAACUGGUUUAACAGUCAGAGCUUUGUAAUGUGUUUCAGCUGAAGAUUUAUUAUAGGCUUGUAAAUUAUCUAAAUGUUCUUUUUAGAUCCCAUGACAGGAGCACAGAGGAACUGAGAUAACUCUGUGUUAUGAGAGGGUGGCUGCUGGCUUGUGGCAAAAUUAUUUUAGAGUCCUGCUCUUUAGGGAAAACUUUGCUAUGGUAAUGUUUCUUUGAAAACAAAUUUACCAGCAACUGUGUUACUUGGUGUUUUCCAAAGUACAACGUCCAAGGACUUGAACCUUACCCCUUUCUAGGCCAGACUAGGCCAGCCUCUAGUUUUGAUAAUAAUUCAUACCUUUAUUGGAAUAUAUUUUGGAUAGCAGUGAAGAAUUGAAAGCAGCUCCUAAAGAUUGGUUUGUUUGCUUUGAAAAUGUUUACACUUAUUCACUCUAAGCAGUGGACCGUUUUGAUAUCAGGCCCUAUACAUAAGACCCAAACCAGAAAUAUUUCUAAAUCUCAAAGAUUUAUAAGUACAGUACCUCUGGCUGAAAACUCGUUAAACAUCCUCUGUAUAUUUUUUCUUUAUAUCUUUAUGUAAUUCUUUCUGUAAUUAAGUGUACAUUAGAGUUAUUUGCUACUUAACAAGCCCAAAGGUAUAGCUGUAUAUAGAAUGUGCUCUGUGUUUUUCUGUUUCCUGCUUGGUUUGUUUCUGGUAUGACUAUGUCUACUUUUUAUUUAAGGAAUUUUGUGUAGAUAAUACUCUCACUAACUUGUAAAUAGGAUAAGUUAUGAGAUUUUUUGGUAUUAGAAUCUGUAAUAAUAAUGACUUAGAUUUUAUUUGAAAAAGCUACUUGGAAAGCAGUAAAUAGAACUAUGGUGAUAUAUAUAGAUACAUAGAUAUAUACUUUUUUCUGAGAAUGUAUAAUAUAUAAUUGUCAAAGAUUUUUGGAAGUCUUUCAAAAUAUACUUAAUAACAUUUUGAGAACAUACCUUCUAAUUUAUUUCCAUAAGGCUGAAGAAAUUUUAUUUACAAAAUGUCAGACUAGAUAAUGUAUGAAUCAGUGUUACUAGGACUUAUCAGUACUUAAAAUAGCAACUUAGCAUUCUUUAUUUUGUUUCCUGGUUGUUUUAUUUGGAGGGAUAAUAAAUGUCUAAGUUAUUUCCAUUAAAAUUUUGAAAUGUUUGUAUACUUUAUGUGUGCCAUUUUAAAGUAUAUGCAAGUUCUAAGCAAUAAUCUGCAUGUUAUACAAGGUUGACAUAUUUUGUCAUGAAAUUUUUAGUUAACAUUUUAAGAAUGAUAAAAUGAACACCCUGUAAAUCACCCUUCUCCCCCUCCCCUCCAUGAAAACCUUGGGAUUUUCUUGUGCUAGAACACUACCACAAUGUGGUGCAAAGCUUUGUAUUUUGUGGAAAAAAAACAAUAAAAUCACAAUUAUUUAGUGCAAAA